AACCACCAACUCCAGCAAGAACAAGAAAUGGCCAUGGCUCCUUGGUGUUUUCAUCACCCCCGAAACUUGCCGUCAUCGCGAACACCAUCCUCCUAGCUCGUUAUGUUUCACGCCGUUUCGUUGCACCUGAUAGCCAGCCCGACCAAUUAGGCAACGACAGGCAUAGCUAGGCGUCUCUCCCGACUCUCCUCGCUCGUUCUCUUGACACGAACCUAGGGUCUAAACAUUAGCGUUGAUCAACUACUAGGGUGAUUAGUAAACGCGUCGUGGGGCAGUCACACGGUUCAAGGUUCUUCUUUUGUCUACGAUAAACGACGUUAAUUGGGUAAACUGAAAGGUUACUUCGCCGCUACCAGUUCGCUCCUUGUCGCCGUGUAGUCGCGAGCCCGACCUGGCAGGUGACGAACGGGAGGAACGGCGGUUCAGGAUAGAGUUUGGCGGCGAUAGACGGCGUCUGUGCUGACAGCGACACACGGCGAUAAGCGGCGUGAAUCUCGUUCGGAAUGGACGGCGGCGGAGGGAAGGCGGGUCGCGAUAGACCUUCGUCGAGAUCACAUCCGUACGACAAGCGAAGGGAGUCAUCUGGCAGGUCGGGCCCGCCGCCAGACGAGCGCACAGAGAACAAGCUGUAUGUGGGCAACCUGGACCACCGCAUGACCGAGUACCACGUGAUCAAGAUGUUCACGCCGUACGGCAAGAUCCGCAGGGAGGAGUUUCUGUGGCACACGUACGGGCCUAAGAGGGGCGAGCCCCGCGGCUAUGCGUUCGUGGAGUACAGCAAGCGAGAGGAGGCGGAGCUGGCUCGGUCCAAGAUGAACGGUCGGAUGGCGUUUGGGCGGCCGCUGGUGGUGCGAUUCGUGGAUGAGAAGGUGGUCACCUACAACACAGAUGCGCCCGUGUGGAACCGAGACACCGGCACCACCACCGCCACAGGCCCUGCUGCUGGUGCUGCUGCUAGUGGUGCUGCUGGUGCUACUGCUGGUGCUGGUGUGGGGCGAGGGGGGGGUGCAGUAACAGCGGCAGCAACAGCAACAGCUGCAGACAGUGCGAGGCGGGCGCGGGUGGCGGCGAUUCAGAGCAAGCUGAGGACGAUGGAGCAGGAGGACAGGCAGCGGUCGCAGGGCCUGGCGCCGAAGUCUAUGGACAUGAUUCGGCCCCCGCCUUCUGGGUUUGGGGGCGGGUUUCACCCUGGGGCUGGGAGGGGGGAUGGGGGAGGUGAGGGGGAUAGGGGUGGUGGGCAAGGGAGAGGGGCGGGCGGGACUUAUUCGCGGACGUUGUUACAGUCGGGCACAAGAUGGUCAUCAUGGGGAUAGCUUUGGAUGGAGGCAGGCAGGAUGGCUUGUUUGUUUGUCAUUUUCUAAUUCGGUUGGUUGAAAAUCUGGCAUGUGUUCCUAAAGAAUACCUGGUUGAAAAUCUGGCAUGUGGUAUGUUCCUGAAGAAUGCCCGUAAUCUCUCGGCAUGAAUACCCCCCGAAAAGGGACCAUGGUGUCAAACAUGUGUAGUUAUCAUGUUUGUAUAGACUGUAU